UAACCACAGAGAUCUAUUUCCGGUAAACACUGAUUUUGAUUGUGGCAGGCGGACAUUGAAAAACUUUCAAGCGUAUUCAUAUUUCGCGGGUAGCUUUGUUUUUCAACGGUGGCGUAAAAGUAACAGCCCCGUUAUUUCUUACUUGUGCUUAGGAUAUAAGCCAAAAUGAUAGACCUUUUCAUGCCCUUUCGGGCAUUUCUAAAAUUGGAUAAUGUUAGUAUUGACAACAACGUGUUUCGGAUGCAUUACAAGGUGACAGUGAUUAUGCUGCUGGUCUUCACGCUGUUGGUGUCUUCGAAGCAGUUCUUCGGGGAUCCCAUCCACUGUAUGGGCGAUAGUGAUAGCGAUAAGGACGCCAUAAAUAGUUACUGCUGGAUCUAUGGGACCUUCACGUUGAAGAGUAGGUUACAAGGUAUUGAAGGCACUCACAUGACAUACAUUGGUGUGGGCACCGAGACUGGUGGGAAAGAGGACCGGAUCGAGCACACCUACUACCAGUGGGUUUGCUGUGUGCUGCUGGGUCAGUCCGUCAUGUUCUACACCCCGCGCUAUCUCUGGAAGCUCUGGGAAGGAGGGCGGCUGAAGGCGCUUGCUUCUGAUUUGGCAAGCCCAAUGGUGACCAAGGACUGGCAUGAGUACCGCCGUGGGGAGCUGGUCUCCUAUCUGUCGCACACCAACAUGUAUUCACACAACAUGUACGCCCUGCGCUAUGCCUUCUGCGAGAUACUUAACCUUCUCAAUGUGGUGGGGCAAAUGUUUCUCUUGGACAUAUUUCUGGGCGGCGCGUUCCGCAACUACGGCGCUACUGUAGCGGCCUUUACGCGCGUCCCGAAAGACCCAAGUGACCUCACCGACAUUGAUCCCAUGGACCGUUACUUCCCCAAGAUCACCAAGUGCAUUAUCCGCCGUUACGGACCCUCGGGCACUGCGGAAUUAAGAGAUCGCAUGUGUGUUCUACCUUUAAACAUUGUCAACGAGAAAAUAUUUGUCAUAAUUUGGUUUUGGUUCAUCUUUCUCGCUUUUAUCUCUACUUUGGCUGUUAUCUUCCGUGUACUGGUGCUAUCAGCUCGCCCUCUCCGCACUGUCAUGAUGAUGGGCCUCUUGAGACACGUGAAACGGAGCUCCGUCACCAGAAUUGUGAAGCGCUUUGGCUUCGGCGACUGGUUCGUCCUCUAUUUGCUGGGCAAAAAUUUAAAUCCGCAUGUCUACAAAGACUUAAUUCUAGAACUGUCCAAAGAACUGGAGCAUCGUAAUAAUUAUCCUACUAUUUAAGGUUACAUUGUAGAUCAGUCUUCAUAAGUUACUUCUAAGUAAGUAGUUAUAGUGUGUUGCUGUUGCCAAAUAUAGCAAAUUUAAUUUAUGUCUAAAGACAUUAGUGAUAGUCUAUUUUUUGUUAUAAGUUUUGCCGUAAAACUUGAAAUUUAAGAAUAAGCUAUUAGCAAACGCUCAAAAUUAUUUUGUUAUGUUUUAAUAUUAAUAGAAUAGUUCUAUGAUAAUUUAAGUGACAAACAUUUGUAUUUAUGUAAAGACUGAUCUAGAUGCAAAAUUUGAUCUCUGGAUUUCGAUUUCUGUUACCUAUUACUCAAUAGGAUGUUUAUAUAAGACUUAAUUGUUAAGUAUCAAGCUCAGUGUAUUUGUUGAUAAGUAUUUAGGUAACAUAAAUUAUUGUACUUUUUGAUAUGAAUACUAGCAUACUUGUUUAAUGUCUUAGAAUAAAAAAAGAAUCUGGGUUAUCCUGAAAGCAUAAUAUGUAAUUCUGCUAUAGAAUUAAUCAGCUCCUACACCUGACAUAAAAUUAUUAUCUCUCUCAAAAAAUUCAUAAUUAAUUAUAUUUACUUGCAGUUUUCCUUCAAUUGGUCAAGAUUUUCCUUGGCAUAGCAUUCAAUUUUGGUACCACAACUCAUCAUAAUAAUAAGUUUGUAAUUAAAUUAAAUUGACUUGAAAGCUAAAAUGAGUAUACAUAUUGUGAAAGGAAAGUGAUGUAAAAGGCUAUAUAUUUAAGUAAAGAUCUUAUGUAAUACACAAAAUUGCAGUUUGGUAGGCAAUUUGCCAGGAAAGUGCAGAUCUACAACUUUAAACUUUGUUAAACUUCAUUCCCAAUUAUUUGCUGAUUGUUCAUUAAAUUGAUCCUUAAUUGCUUUAUCUAAUCAUUUUAGAAGUUCAAAAUUUGAUUGUUUUUGUUUAUUUUACCUCAAAAUGAAAAUAUUAUUGUUAUCUCGGAAAACAUUUGUAUUUUUUACUUUCAUUACAAAAUUUGUUACAAGAAA